AAGCCAUAUAUUUGGAACCUUAAACGUGGGUUCAUAGCCAACAAGAGAAGUCAGGCAUCCAACUUGGUUCAAACCCUCAUUGACACGUAAACGGCAACCGAAAAAAGAAGAAAAAUGUUCCUCACACUAUAUUCUCAACUGGGUUUCUCUGUUCAGUACCUAAAAGAAAUUGGGUUUUUCUUGGUUUUAUACUCUUAUAACCGCCAAUGAAACCUGGCUCGGUUUCAGGAAGUUUUCAUUGACAUAGAGCUCAGAGAAAUGAUGGGGUUUCUGAAUAUGGCAUUAGAGAGAGCGAGUGCUGGGAAAGAGAAAGAGGAAAGAAAGAUGAGAGGGGUUGAAGGAAGGUUUUGUGAGGAGUUUUCACCUGCGUAUUACGGACUCUGUACUGCUGGAGGAAUGUUGAGUGCCGGCACAACCCAUCUCGCAAUCACGCCUCUUGAUGUCUUGAAAGUCAAUAUGCAGGUGAAUCCAGUCAAGUAUAACAGGAUUGCCUCUGGGUUUUCCACUCUUUGGAGAGAACAGGGCCCUUCUUCCCUGUGGAGAGGUUGGUCGGGAAAGCUUUUUGGAUAUGGUGUUCAGGGCGGCUGCAAAUUUGGUCUCUAUGAAUACUUCAAGAAGCUCUACUCUGAUAUCUUGAAAGACCAUAACAAGAGUUUCGUAUUCUUUCUCAGCAGUGCAUCUGCUCAGGUAUUUGCUGAUGUGGCUCUCUGUCCUUUUGAAGCUGUCAAAGUCCGUGUCCAAACACAGCCCAAGUUUGCAAAGGGCUUGGCUGAUGGAUUUCCAAAACUAUAUUCCACUGAAGGGCUUGCUGGCUUUUACAAGGGACUUCUUCCACUUUGGGGUAGAAAUCUUCCAUUCUCUAUGAUAAUGUUCACAACAUUUGAGCACUCAGUGGACCUGAUAUAUCACAAAAUAAUUCAAAGUAGAAAAGAAGAUUGCUCAAGAGUACAACAGCUUGGUGUGACAUGUUUAGCAGGCUAUUCAGCUGGAGCUGUUGGUACCAUCAUUUCUAACCCUGCUGACAACAUUGUUUCCUCUCUUUACAACAAAAAGGCUGAUAGUAUUAUGCAGGCUGUGAAGAAUAUUGGGAUUGGUAAUUUGUUCACUAGAAGUCUCCCUGUUCGAAUUGCACUCGUUGGCCCUGUUGUUACAAUGCAAUGGUUCUUCUAUGACAGCAUUAAAGUGCUAAGUGGACUGCCUACAAGUGGGGGGCUGAGCAGGCAUAUUGAACAAGCUAAGGCAUCAUCUUAAACAACGGAAAAAGAGAAACAACUGCUCGACAAGAUCAUCUCUCUAGAUACCCAUAAAUUCCAUGGAAAAGAAUGCUAAUUUUGCAGCUGUCUUGAAGCUUAAAGCAUAUGAGUUACUUACUCGGGUCUCUCAAUUUUUUCGACUCUGAAUGCAAUAUAGUUUAUAAGUCAUAAAAGCUGCAUCUCAGUUAUGUUUUAGUUAUGAGAAUGCAGGCACAGAUUCAUAAGAAAUCAUACAUUUUUUUGGGUACAGAAGUAUGUUUUUAUUUUUUGUUGAUAGACGAGUACAGCAAUCACGAUAGGGAAGUUGAGCCUUUGAAAGUCACACACUUACCGCCUGUAUAUGUGUGAUACAAUUCUAUGCCAUGCUUGUUCAUACAUAAACUAAAUUUACCCAAAAAAUAGUUAAAAACACAAUGGUAAAGUUUGAGUGACUGGUUUUUUUAAAUUGCUGUGCCUUUUCUAGCAGAUGGGUAGGAAGUGUUCAUAGGUUGUGACUUAUGAACGGAACUCACGAAGUAAGCUCUGGAAUGACAGCCUUUGUGCCAGAAUUGUUGUGAAUUAUUAUUAUUAUUAUUAUUAUUAUUAUUUUGUGUGUGUGCGUGUGUGUGGAUUUACACAUGUAUAAUAUGAAAACCUCUACUUUAAAUUUAAAGAAAAAGUAACCACGUUCUACUUUCA